AUGCGACCGGAGAAGCAGGACAUCAGAAUGACCAGCUCGCCCGACAUCAUCAAGAUGCUUGUGAUUGCGGCUGAAGCAGCAUACUUACCAGAGUUUGUUCUUCAUCAACUGCCAUUGCUUAGUUCUUUGACCAUCUCUAGAAAAUGCAUCCAGCAGACAAUUUUUCUUAAAACCGCAAUUGUGCUGGAUUGGAGCCUUGACACUCUAGAGAUUGAGAGAGUUGACGUUGGUCCAGAAAUCGAUAGAGAGAGAGAAAGAGAGAAAGGGGAGAUUUUUAUGAAAGCGAACGACAAGAAUGUGACAGAGGACAUUAAAAGUUCUUAA